GCGGCGAUAUCGUUAUCGGCGGCGAUAUCGAUAUCGGUACCGGCAGCGGUAUCGCAGCGCACUGCGGGGCGGGCAGAGCGGUCGGUGCACCCCGCGCGUCCCUUCCGGGCCCGUUCAGCCGGUGCAGGGGCGGAAUUCGCCGUGUCCGGCGGGGGAGCGGCCCCCGCCCCGGGACCGAGCGGCGAUGUGAGCCCCGGGCCCCGCCAUGGCCGAGCCCGCCGGAGGGGCCGGGCAGCCCCCGCCGCCCGCGGGGCGCAGGAGGUGACGGACCCCCCAUGAGAGCCCCCACCAGGGGUUUAUCUUCCCCUUCAGAGGGAGGAGACCUGGGAACUCAUUCCACAUACAGCUCCUUCCGUAUGCCCACCGGAUUGGUAUCGGAUCCCCAUGGGCCAGUGCUGGGGGUGACCACGUGCCUUUCAGGUGCUCACGGGACACCGGCGACCACCGUGCGCUGAGACCAGCACAAAGACAUGAGUGGCAACGCGAGCCAGCGCGCCGCCGCCCUGGGUGUCCUCUUUGCCCUGAUUAUGUUGCUGAUCAUCUACAGCUCCGGCAACGGGAGCGAGGUCUUCCCCUACAGCCGCCUGCGGGGCAGAGCCCGCCGGCCCCCCAACCUCAAGAAGUGGGGGGUGAAAAGCGGGUACCUACCUGUCUGUGGGAACAAGACCCUGACUGCCCACUGCCACCAGUGCGUCAUUGUCACCAGCUCCAGCCACCUCCUGGGCACCCACCUGGGCACAGCCAUCGACGGGGCCGAGUGCACCAUCCGCAUGAACGACGCUCCCACCACGGGCUAUGAGGCUGACGUGGGCAACAAGACCAGCUUCCGCGUGGUGGCCCACUCCAGCCUCUACCGUGUCCUCAAGCGGCCCCAGGAGUUUGUCAACAAGACACCGGAGAACAUCUUCAUCUUCUGGGGGCCGCCUAUCAAGAUGCAGAAGAGCCUCCUGAAGAUCAUCCAGCGUGUCUGUGCCUCCUUCCCCAACAUGACGGCCUAUGUUGUGUCCCCCGGCCGCAUGAAGCAGUUUGAUGACCUGUUUCGGGGGGAGACAGGAAAGGACAGGGAGAAGUCGCGCUCGUGGCUCAGCACUGGCUGGUUCACCAUGGUGAUCGCGGUGGAGCUGUGCGACGCCGUCCACGUCUACGGCAUGGUGCCACCCAGCUACUGCGGCCACCACCCCCCGCCCCGCCGCCUGCCCUACCACUACUACGAGCCCAAAGGCCCCGACGAGUGCACGACCUACAUCCACAACGAGCGGAGCCGCAAGGGCAACCACCACCGCUUCAUCACCGAGAAGAGGGUCUUCGCCAGCUGGGCCGGCCUCUACAACAUCACCUUCUCCCACCCCAACUGGCCCUAGGGGCUGUCCCCCCACCUGCCGGGCAGACCCCUUGAGCUGGGAUGGAUGGGGGUUUCCCUGCAUCCCCCUGGGAGCGGUGGGAGCCAGGCGUCGGGGUGCCACCGGGUGCCUCCCACAGGACCGCCCCCGUCGUGCACAGUGGCCCCGUUGCACCUGGGAUGUGUUGGGUUUUGAGCUGGUUUGUGGGGGGGCCAGGUAGUGAAUGCAGGGUUUGUGGUGUCCCCCCUCCAUGGACAGGAGACACUGUCCCACUCUGGUCCGGGCACAUUGCAGCCCCUGCGAGCCUACAAGAGGGUGCCGGGUCACCUCUGCUCAGUUUGGGGUUGUAUCCCUUUUGGGGCCACUGCAAAGACUGUUUCCCCUAACUCCCUGGGUAGAAGGACCCCCUCUUGGAGCUCAGCCUCCCUCUGCCAUGCCAUGCCCCCCAGUCCCAGCCCUCAGUCACCCCUCCCUCAGCAGAACCCCACAGUUUUUGGUGGGACCCCGUGAGGGUGGCACUGCCACCCUUGCUGCCCCAGGAUCCCAAAAACACCCAGCCCCUCCCAGCACCACUGCGCCCCACACUGCCAAAACCUUUUCUAACUGAAUGAUGGGAUUUUUGGGAGCUUUUUGAGGUUUUUGGCAUUUUUUUCUAUCCACUUCUGGUCCCAGAGUUUGUAUUUGGGUUUCCUGGCCAAAGGAACAAGCGGGGGCUGCUCAUUAGUGGUAACGAAGGGCCAGCAGUAGCCGCUUAUAAACAAUUAGAAGUGGGCAGGUAGUGGGGGGCAUUGGUGCUCCUUGGCACCCUGGGGCUGGAUUUUGUUAUUAAUAUCUUAGCAGUGGAGAGGUGGAUUUGGGGAAAACAGCUAAAUAUGGUGUGUUUGGGUGCUGAGCCUUGGCAGGGCUCUGUGCCUCGUUUCCCUCUGACUGUGGCUGGGGUUUUGCGGGGCUCGGUGCAGGGGGAAGCUGCGGGGUGCCUGUGUUUUGUAAUGGUUUGUACAGGAAUAAAUAUUGCUGCAGUCUGUUGCCUUGG